UAUCUCCCAGUGAUGACACCCGCUUCUUCCCCGUCGUUGGACGUCGCCGCCGACACCCAGGAGGAGGUUAACGACUGGGUGGCCAAGAUCCGGGAAGCCACGCAGAAUGCCGACGCCAGGAUGCAAGAGGGGAAGAUCAUGGAGCGGAGGAAGAAGAUUGCUCUGGAGCUGUCCGAGCUGGUCGUUUACUGCCGCCCCGUUCCCUUCGACGAGGAGAAAAUCGGCACCGAGAAAGCGUGCUACCGGGACAUGUCUUCCUUCCCCGAGACCAAGGCCGAGAAGUAUGCCAGUCGAAGCAAGGGCAAGAAAUUCCUGCAGUACAACCGCCGGCAGCUGAGCCGCGUCUACCCGAAGGGGCAGCGCCUCGACUCCUCCAACUACGACCCCCUGCCGAUGUGGCUCUGCGGCAGCCAGCUGGUGGCCCUCAACUUCCAGACACCUGACAAGCCGAUGCAGCUGAACCAGGCGCUGUUCACGCUGGGGGGCCGCAGCGGGUACGUCCUGCAGCCGGACAUCAUGCGCGACGACCUCUUCGACCCCUUCGACAAAAGCAGCUUGAAGCUGGUCGAGCCAAUCACUAUCCAGCUGCAGAUCCUAGGGGCCCGGCACCUCCCCAAGAACGGCCGCAGCAUCGUCUGUCCCUUUGUGGAAGUGGAAGUCUGCGGCUCGGAGUUCGACAACAGCAAAAACAAGACAGAGGUUGUGGCUGACAACGGCCUCAAUCCCACCUGGCUCCUGAAGCAGUUUGUCUUCGAUAUCAACAACCCGGAGUUUGCCUUCCUACGGUUUGUGGUCUACGAGGAGGACAUGUUCAGCGAUCCCAACUUCCUGGCUCAGGCGACCUUCCCCGUCAAAGGCCUCAAAACAGGUUACAGGUCAGUGCCUUUGAAGAACAGCUACAGCGAGGACCUCGAACUCGCCGCUCUGCUAAUCCACAUCGAAAUAGUCAAUGCGAAGGAAGAGGACGAAGAGAACCUCUACUCCUCCAUCCAGCAGUUGAGAGACCGGACCAGCGAGCUGUCCAACCAGGUCUCCAGCUUUGAGCACCCCAAGCCCAACAACUUCUGCAGAGCCUUCUGCCCAGUGCCAGCUUAGCCCGGCUGGGCGGCAGACUGCUGGUGCAGCUCAGGAGCGGCUCAUGGAGUUGACCGAAGUGCGAAACAGGAAGUUGAUGGAGAAAAAGAGGCGUGAUCGGCAGCUGGCCAACAAGCGCAACUGAGCCAGGCCUGAUAUUCACCAUCCUGGCUAUGGGGAGGCCGGGAGCAGUGCCCCCCGCCCCCAAACCCCAAGAAAGGCCCUGAGAUCAGCCACGGACGGGACCAUUUUCUACUAACCCCCGACCCAACAAGCUGUCUGCCUGGCAGGUGGAGCAGCGGACACGGCGGGUGCUAUAACUGGUGCUGGCAUGCUCACCGGGAUCUUUGGGAAGCGGGACGCUGGAACCUCCCCGGCUCUUUUCCCACUGCAGCAAGCAGGCUUAGUAACUGGAUGCGGAAGCCUGCUACGACCACCAGGCAGUUCCUACCGGCCACACAACGGACGUGCCACGGGAAUUGUUUCUUCCUGGAAUGUUUUGGCGGACCUUUGUUUUAAUCUGCACAUGGAGAAAGGAUUCCAGACCUCCUUUUUUUUAAAAAAAGUAACCCUC